AAAAUUUCUCUGACGUUUGCCUUAUUGUAAGGUUCAGAGUAUCCCUUUUCUGCAAAACUUGGAUAGAGUGAGAGAGGGAGAGAAAGAAAGCAGGCCGGCAUACUGAUUUGGUGCAAUCUUACAGUUGUAGUGUUUUGGCGCUCGAAAGCGUGAGGAAUUUUUGAGCACUCAAUACCACUGCAUUGAAGUUUCAGAAGUGGAAAGAUGGACUAUGUGUAUGGACCAGGGAGGAACCAUCUCUUUGUUCCGGGGCCAGUCAAUAUUCCGGAACCUGUCAUUAGGGCCAUGAAUAGAAAUAACGAGGAUUACCGCUCUCCAGCUAUCCCUGCAUUGACAAAAACUUUGCUCGAGGAUGUGAAGAAAAUUUUCAAGACUACAAGUGGGAUUCCAUUUCUUAUCCCCACCACAGGUACUGGUGCAUGGGAGAGUGCACUUACUAACACGUUAUCUCCAGGAGAUCGGAUUGUAUCUUUCCUCAUUGGUCAAUUCAGUCUGCUCUGGAUAGAUCAGCAGCAGCGCCUUAACUUCAAUGUUGAUGUCAUAGAAAGUGAGUGGGGCCAAGGUGCCAACCUUGAUAUUCUGGCAUCAAAACUUGCAGCAGACACUGCACACACCAUAAAGGCAAUUUGCAUUGUUCACAAUGAGACAGCAACGGGAGUUACUAAUAACUUGGCAAAAGUGAGGAAAAUCCUUGAUGACUACAGGCAUCCGGCCCUCUUCCUUGUUGAUGGAGUGUCUUCCAUAGGUGCUCUCGAUUACCGAAUGGAUGAAUGGGGUAUAGAUGUUUCAAUAACUGGAUCUCAGAAAGCUCUCUCUCUUCCCACUGGGAUUGGUUUUGUCUGUGCAAGCCCCAAAGCUCUAGAGGCAUCUAAAACUGCAAAAUCAGUUAGAGUUUUCUUUGACUGGAAGGACUACUUGAAGUUCUACAACAUGGGAACAUUUUGGCCAUACACCCCUUCCAUCCAGCUGUUGUAUGGACUCAGAGCAGCUCUAGAUCUCAUAUUUGAGGAAGGACUUGACAAUGUGAUUGCAAGGCAUAGCCGUCUGGGCAAAGCAACAAGGCUUGCUGUGGAGGCUUGGGGCUUGAAGAACUGCACCCAAAAGGAGGAAUGGUUCAGUGACACAGUGACUGCAGUUGUAGUUCCUCCCUAUAUUGAUAGUUCGGAAAUUGUUAGAAGGGGAUGGAAGAGAUACAAUUUAAGCUUAGGUCUGGGCCUGAACAAAGUAGCUGGGAAGGUUUUUAGAAUAGGGCAUCUUGGAAAUCUGAAUGAGUUGCAAUUAUUGGGUUGUCUUGCUGGUGUGGAGAUGAUACUCAAGGAUGUGGGCUACCCGGUUAAGCUAGGUAGUGGAGUAGCUGCAGCUUGUGCAUACUUGCAGAACAACAUCCCACUCAUCCCUUCCAGGAUUUGAGUCCAUGUAAUAAUCACUUCUUCUUCCAUGGCUUGCUUCAGCUGAUCUCCUUGUAUAAAAUGUAUAAUUUCCUCUACUUGCACUCUUUUGAGGCUCACCACGUUCCCUAUUUAGUGCACAAUGCAUUUUGCAUUGUCCUGUAUUUGGACACAUCUUUAAGUUCAAUCAUGUUUUCUA